AUGGCGCUGUUAUCGAGCCAAGGAUUUCCGUCAUCCUCCAACUAUGAAAAUUUCACAGGUACCUAUAACUCUAAUUUCGAUGCAGGUACUUCUAACCCCGAUUUUGGUGCUGGCACAUCAAAUUAUGAUACAGAUUGUUAUACUCCGAAUGUGGUGUCUGUCACACAAGGGCUCGAUAAUAUUGAACUUAAUUACACAGAGCCCACCCACUCACAUACUCCAUCCACCUCCCAUUUUAUACCAACUUCUGCAAACCACAUUGCCGAGCCAGAAGACCUUAUUGCGGACAGCCUGGCUAAUGAAUCAGAUGCAGCUUCCGAACCGGAUGAAGUGGAUUAUCCAAUUCCACCUGAGGAUGGAAUAGAAGAUGUUGACAUAAAUGUUGUCGCCGAAAAUGUUGCACAAGGACAUGUAAAAUGCAACCCGUCGUACGGAAUCAAGCAUGUCAUCCAGACUGUGAAAGACCAUACCGGAUACGAUAUAGCAUAUCAAAAGGCAUGGUACAGUUUGAAAAUGGCACGUGAGAUGGUUUAUGACACAUGGGAGAGCUCCGUUCAAAAGCUACCCAAAUACUUGGGAGUUCUCCAAAAAUAUAAUCCAGGAACGAUUGUUGAAUGGCAACAUAAAGCCCGCGACACAUCAACCGGUGCAUAUGUGAUAGGACAGUUGAGCAGACACAUUAUACGAGGGCGACGGGGUAUCUGCCUUAUUUCUGACCGCCAUGCUGGUAUCACAAGAGCUGUACGUGAAUGUCCGGAUUUCGUGCCACCUAACGGCGUGCACCGAUAUUGCUUGCGGCACGUGUGUUCCAAUUUCAACAGUAAAUACAAAAAUGUCGUGUUGAAGGAUCUUUGUUGGAGAGCUGGCUCUGAAUAUCAGAUCAGAAAAUUCAAUCGCACUAUGGAGGAGAUAAAGAAACAGUCCCUCGAGGCGUUUCAGUGGUUAGAUAGGAUCAACAAGGAAAAAUGGACAGCAUCACAUGACGGUGGAUGGCGAUGCGGAAUUCUGACGACAAAUAUGUCGGAAUGCAUAAAUGGAGUAUUGAAAGGGGCUCGCCGCCUACCGUUGACAGCAAUUGCUGAGAUGACGUUUCAGCGAAGUGUCCAUUAUUUCCGUGAGAGGUUAGCAAGAAGUACUGUAAUGUUGACCAACAACCAACUGUGGACGGAUUUUGCAUAUAAGAUGUUCACACGUUGGCAUCAAAAUUCUGUUGAACAUACCGUCACCAAAUUCCAUCAGUUCCAACAGUCCGCCUCGGUUGUUACAAGACGUCACGGUGGACAUGGAGUCAACACCCAUGUUGUCAAAAUUGCGAACCGAGAAUGUUCUUGCGGCAAAUGGACUCAAUUUGGUAUACCUUGCAGUCACGCUCAAAAGGUAUGCGCUGCAUUCAUGAUUAAUGCUGCAUCAAUGGUGAAGGAUUAUUACGAUAUAAUGACUUAUAAGAAUACAUAUUCUAAGUCAUUUGAACCUGUACAUUCCGAAGAUUAUUGGGAUGUACCGGGAUUUGAGUUGGUCCACGAUCCUACUAUUCGCAUCUCUUCGCGCCCUGGGCGAAAUCAACCAACACGUAUUCACAACGAGAUGGAUUGGGCGCAAAGGCGUGCACGACAACAAGCACAACAAAGAAAUUCUUCAACACAAUCGGAUGUGCCAGUACCGGGUAGCCAGGAUUAAUUGUA